CUGUGCAAAUGCAGAUAACUGUUUAUCUUCAGGUUCCUUUCUGUUGGGUAGAGUGGUACGUCGUAUUAAUUAAGGACUUUGCGUCGUUAGCAGAACCAGAGAUCUCCUUUCGGAUCUGUAGUUUCCGACGGUGCACAUAAGUACAACACAACUGUCAAUACUUCCUCUAUGACAACCCCCCAAGACGCAGCCAGCAUGUCUAAGCCAACGCCACCAACGCCUCCUUCGCUUACUUCGGCCCCCUUGCAUCUAGGGAACUCACUUGGUGCCUUGGUCAUAGCCGAAAUUCUGGUAGCCGUAUUAUAUGGCAUCGCAAGUGUGCAAGUUUACGUAUACCUUCACCGGAGCCCUCGUGAAAUCCCCCUCAUGAAACGAGCCAUACUUCUAUUAUGGAUUCUCGACAGCCUCUAUCUCGCAUUCAUGUCGCAUACUGUAUAUCAUUACGCCGUUACGAGUUUCAUGAACCCUCUCGCAUUGGCAUGGGCUACAUGGAGUCUCGCACCCGGUAUGAUCAUAGGUAGCCUGAUUGAGGUCAUUGGGACUUUGGCUUUUGCAUAUAAAAUAUACAAAUUGCGGAGUGUAUUAUGGCUGUUUAUACUCAUUAUGUUGCCCCAAUUUAUUGGCUCCGCUGGAGCUUUUGCGAUUGGAAUACUUGUGCGCAAGGUCCCUAGUUUUCAGGAGUUGGCUCAGCACUUCGCAUGGACAUGGUACUCUCUUUACAGCUUUCAGGCCCUCUCUGACUGUACCAUCUCAAUCGCACUGUGCACGAUUCUUAUCAAGAGCCGUACAGGCUUCAAAAGAACUGAUUCACUCAUCCUCUCUUUUAUGCUUUACAGCAUCUGCACCUGUGCGCUGACUAGCUUUGUUUCUAUUGCCACUAUCGUCGCGUAUGCUGCCAUGCCAGACAAUCUCGUCUUUAUUGCCAUUACCAUGGUAUUACCAUUGCUAAUGUCCAACUCCCUACUUGGCCUUCUCAAUUCGCGCGACUUGCUACGCGAAAAGUACGCUGGCCAGGCCGUGUCGAUUCACCUCUCAAGGCUUGCGGGAGUGCUCGGCCACUCGGGCCCAUCGAACGGUACAAGAACAGAGCAGGCGGAUUCCGCAGGGACCAAUAGCGAAGAUGACGUUGACACCUCGUGUCGUAUACCCGACACCCUGUUUGCCUCCUAGUUCCAGCUCUCAAGGGACGCCGCACUUUAGGUGCCGCACGGCAAUGAUUUUCAAUAGAUGUACUCUAGUUACCCUAGUUCUUCAGCCGUGACCUGCGCCAGCGGAGCCAUCCGAGAUCUGCUCGUAAUAGCAUACUAGCUGGAUUAUAGUGUAAAACUGUACGCAUGUCGUGGUGUCACACUCUUGCACUCGAUUGCAGCCAUUGCCGUUGUUGUCAGCGCGAAGUACGAGAGCGGCGAGCGACU